AUGGCAGAUUCUGUUGAAGUUACUCACGAUUUUCACUCUAUUCUCUCUUCUCCCGAUAGAGAUUUUCUCAUUCGGAACAACGGCGAUCAGGUUACAAUUGACAGUUUGAAGGGAAAGAAACUAGGUUUCUAUUUUUCAGCAUCAUGGUGUGGUCCGUGUCGAAGAUUCACACCAACGUUGGUGGAGGUGUACAAUGAACUCUCUCCAAAGGGUGAAUUUGAGGUUGUUUUUCUCUCCGCUGACGAAGAUGAUGAGGCCUUUCAGAGCUACUUUUCCAAGAUGCCGUGGUUGGCUGUACCCUAUUCUGAUUCAGAGACACGCAGUCGUCUUGAUGAUUUGUUUCAUGUAAACGGCAUUCCUCAUCUUGCAUUGCUAGAUGAAACUGGAAAAGUUGCCGCUGAAGAUGUAGUUGACAUUAUCCGUGAGCAUGGAGCUGAAGGAUACCCUUUCACAUCACAAAGGGUCCAGGACUUGAAAGAUCAAGAAGAGGAAGCUAAGAGGAACCAGUCCUUGAAGUCUAUAUUGGUCUCUAGUUCUCGCGACUUUGUGAUAUCUGCAGAUGGAAAAAAAACACCUAUCUCUGAGCUUGAGGGGAAGACAGUUGGUCUGUAUUUUUGCGCGACUUCAUACAGAUCAUGUGCAGUAUUUACUCAACAGUUUAAGGAGGUUUACAAGAAGCUGAAGGAAAAUGGGGAGAACUUUGAGGUUGUGUUUAUACCUGUAGAUGACGAGGAAGAGUCAUUCCAGAAAGAAUUAGAAAGUUUGCCUUGGGUAUCCUUGCCUCUCAAGGACAAAACCUGUGCGAAACUAAUUCAGUACUUUGAGUUAUCAGAGCUCCCCACCUUGGUUAUUAUUGGGCCAGAUGGGAAAACUCGUCAUACUAAUGUUGCUGAGGCCAUUGCCGAUCAUGGGAUUGUUGCAUAUCCAUUCACUCCUGAAAAGUUUGUCGAGCUCGAAGAAUUAGCAAAGGCCAAGGAGGCAUCUCAAACACUUGAGUCAUUUUUGGUGUCUGGGGAUCAAGAUUUUGUUAUUAAGAACGGCGGAGAGAACCUUCCGGUGUCAGAAUUAGUGGGAAAGACUGUCCUCCUCUACUUCUCAGCCCAAUGGUGUCCUCCAUGCCGUGCAUUUCUUCCAAAACUCAUUGAUGCAUACCAUAAGAUUAAGGCACAUGACAAUGGUGCACUAGAAGUCGUUUUCAUCUCAAGUGAUAGGGAUCAAGACUCCUUUGAUGAUUUCUUUAAGGAAAUGCCAUGGCUGGCACUUCCCUUUGGUGACUCAAGGAAAGAAUUACUGAGUCGCAAAUUCAAGGUAUCUGGCAUCCCCAAGCUCGUGGCAAUCGGACCAAGUGGCCGGACUGUCACGCAUGAAGCUCGAGAUCUGGUUGGGCUUCAUGGAGCAGAUGCUUAUCCCUUCACCGAGGAGAGAAUCAAAGAAAUAGAGGCACAAAGAGAUGAAAUUGCAAAGGGGUGGCCUGAGAAGGUGACGCAUGAAACACAUGAGCAUGAGCUUAUAUUAGCACGCCGCAGGGUUUAUUACUGUGAUGGUUGCAAUGAGGAGGGACAUGAUUGGUCAUACUACUGUGAAGACUGUGACUUUGAUCUCCAUCCAAAUUGUGCACUGGGAGACAAAGAAAGCAUAAAUGGUGCCGAGGAAGAAGAGAAGCCCCAAAAUGGAUGGGUUUGUGAUGGAGAUGUCUGCACCAAAGCCUGA